UUCGCACAGCCAAAACCCCCAAUUUUGGCGUCUCGAUUGAUUUUGGAAACCCUAAGCUCUCGAUCUGUUCGUUUCGAACCCUCCGGCGUGCUCGAUUCGCCGGCCGAAUCUCUGACACAGCGCUUCGCGAGGUGUUACUGUAUAAUCGGCGAGAAUGUCGAUGUCGAAGAGUUCUAAGAUGCUUCAGUUCAUCAACUACAGGAUGCGAGUGACGAUCCAAGACGGAAGGCAGCUAGUGGGGAAGUUCAUGGCGUUCGACCGCCACAUGAACCUCGUUCUCGGCGACUGCGAGGAGUUUCGGAAGCUUCCACCGGCGAAAGGGAAGAAGAUCAACGAGGAGAGAGAAGAUCGCCGUACGCUUGGCUUGGUGUUGCUUAGAGGCGAAGAGGUAAUCUCCAUGACAGUCGAAGGACCACCUCCUCCUGAAGAAUCUCGUGCUAAGGCUGGCUCAGCAGCUGCUGUUGCUGGUCCAGGAAUCGGCCGUGCCGCUGGACGUGGAGUGCCGACCGGUCCGCUGGUUCAAGCUCAGCCUGGGCUUUCUGGUCCGGUUCGUGGAGUCGGUGGACCAGCUCCGGGAAUGAUGCAGCCUCAGAUCUCUCGUCCGCCGCAGCUUUCAGCUCCUCCGAUUAUGCGACCUCCAGGACAGAUGCUUCCGCCGCCUCCGGCUUUUGGUGGUCAAGGUCCUCCUCCGAUGGGACGAGGUCCUCCUCCGCCUUAUGGUAUGAGGCCGCCACCGCAACAGCAGUUUCCUGGACCACCGCCUCCGUAUGGUCAAAGGCCAAUGGUUCCUCCGCCUGGUGGUAUGAUGAGAGGACCUCCUCCACCUCCUCAUGGGAUGCAAGGACCGCCUCCGCCUCGUCCUGGAAUGCCUCCUCCUCCUGGUGGUUUUGCUCCGCCGCGUCCUGGCAUGCCACCACCGCCUAAUCCCCAUAAUCAGCAGCAGUGAUUAGGUUAGCUAUGAGGUAAAACUGAAAACUUGUUUAGGGAGUUGUGGUGAACACAAUCAGCUUUUUGUGGAUGAAGAACUUGUGGAUGCAUCAGAAGAUGAAAGUCUGGAAUAUUCGCAUUUACCUUUUAUGUCAUGCUUAUGAAUUUGGAUAUAAAGUCACUCUCUGUUUGAAAGCUCUUGCUAAAGAAACAGUUUUUGUCUCGGUUGUAAUGUAGGAGUCUUGUCUCUUCAUCAUCUUCGGCAACUUACUCUUGGGGAAUUAAUCAAAUUUGUGAGCU